AUGUCACUCUUCGGUGGUAACACAUCUAGGCCUACUCUAGGACUGAAUCUGGGCACCAGUCAGCCGGCGCCCGGCUCUACAGCAUUCAAUGCUAGCCAGACUACACAACAGCAACAACAAUCGGUAGGGGCCAACACCUCUACGAUAGGGUCUCAAGCACAGAUUGACAUCGCCCAUUUGCGCUCGACGACGAAAUUCGACCAUCUCACCCCAGACCUACAGCGAGAAAUCGAAGCUGUUGACACCCUCAUCCUCAAUCAGAUAAAACUCGCGUCAGAAGUGGCAGAUCUUCUUCCCACCGUCAUCGCCGCUGGAGAGACAUUACCCAGUGGGGUAGAUUUUGUGACCCAGAAGUUGGACGAGCUGGAAGCUGGACUAGGGAACGACGCAGAGGCGAUCGUCGCAGUACGGGAUGGCGAUGUCAAGAAAAACGAGCUGGAAGCGAAGUGUGUAUUUCGCGCUAUUGACCGGCUGAAGAUGCCACGUCAGUAUCAACAAGUCGUACACACUCCCAACGACAACUUGAAUGGCAGCAGCGUCUAUGGAGGAACAGGUCUCAGUGGAUGGUGGAAUAACCCGCAGACAUUAAGAGGAAGUGUCCGAGGAGUCCAUGCGCAAGGCGACAAGAUCCAACUGCCUGGCGAGGAGGCGGAGGAUGUUCAAGGUCCUAAGAGUCUGGUUGAGCUCUUCAACAAUCGGGCCAAUGAAAUGCAAGACGCUAUCAAGGGCAACCGACAGCUGCUGGGCCAGAUUGAGGAUUUCGUGCAAGGCUUAGAAGGGAAGGUGGUUGGUAAAGAGAGGGAAUUGAACGAUCGACUCACCUACGGCGACCGGAAUGGCGCUGCUUUCAGUGAACGAGAUCAUCAACUUCAGCUUCUGCGGUAUGUGUUUGGGGAAGUUCAGCGGAGUCUCUACGAUGUCGCCGAUAAAGUGGGAGCCACAAGAGAUGAGGUUGCACAAUUGACCAUUGGGAGAUGA